CAGUUGAAGAGUUGGAGCAGGAAACUUCUGGAAAGAAAGGGAGCUUGGUGCAUGGCAACUGCUCAAGUGAGAGAUCUUGUAACUGGCUGCUGCUUGCUACACACGAUUUUGUUCUAGCUCAAGAUGGCUGAUCUUAUGCAGAAUCUGAAGACCUUUCAGCCUGAUUAUGGAAUAGAUGCAACUGAGGAGCGCCUCCUGCAUUUGAGAAACUAUGCCAAAGGGCUGACAGUGAACGCUUGUGCCCAUGCGGUCUUCUUCUGCGAACUGCUUGAAGCUACCAAGCAGAAACCAGAGAUUCAUGAAGAUGUCCCUCUUUAUGCCCAGGAAUUCAAAGAAGAAAAUCUUCGAAGUCUGAGGAUUGGAAUUAUUGGGGGAGGUCACAUUGGAAAACAGCUGGCCCGCGUGUUCCUUGAACUGAGUGGAUUUCCAGGAAAGAAUAUCCAGAUCUCCACAAGACGGCCAGAGACUCUGUUAGAAUUUCAGGCACUGGGAGUUCAAUGCUUUUACAACAACAGGCAGUUGGUGGGCUGGGCAGAUGUUGUGUUUCUCUGCUGCCUCCCAUCUCACCUCCCAAACAUCUGCUCGGAAGUUUAUAAGGAACUCAAUCAAUCUUCUAUUAUAUACAGCCUGGUCACAGCUACCCCUCUGCCCAGGCUGCAGCAACUCCUUUCCUCCAGCGCCAUAUUGAGGCCACAUUACAAGUUCACAGAUGGCAGCCUUCCCACUUUGUGGGAGGGGAGCAGGACAGUUGUGGAAGCACUCAAAGACACAGCUGUUGUGCAGGCUACGUGUCCCCUUGGCCCUUUGGGAGUGAUUGCUAUUGAGCCCAAGUGGCUGGAGGCUGUUUUCUAUGCUGCUCUAAACAGCUACACAUGCCAGGAUGUACCCUAUACUGAGGCCUUGAAGUUACUCAAUGAAGUAUGUUUUCCUGAGGAUGUCACCUCCUCUGAGGAAAAGAAAUCACCACCAGAACCAUUGUUCGUUUGUGAAAGUUUUAUCAAUGAGGCUUUUGCUUCCUCCCUGGCACCUGAUGAUACCUUCCCCUGGUUUGACUUGACAACUGUACAGCUAAAGGAGUCUCCCCUUAACCAGCUUCUGGCAACAAGUACAUCCCUCCAGAAUAAAGUUACUUCAUUGUAUUAUAAUGUCUUUGCUCUACUGGCCGCAGUUAAUAAAGAAAGUAUGUCAGCUACCUCUAAAAAGAUACCUUUAUCAGCUGUGCUACUGCAUCCCACCACAAACCAGGAAUUAACAAUGUUUGGCACAUAUGGGACUUGUACAAGCAAUGCAGAGGGGGCAUCUAGUAGUGAAUCUGAAGACUUAAAUUAACUAUUCUGUGAUUCCAGCUGUUCAGAAGUGGAAAAGCUGUUCAGAAGUGGGAAAUUUUAAAUAGAAUGGUGAAGUACUGAAUAGGAAUCCAUCCGAACUACUUGCAUCAUUGGAAUCCAUAUGGUUAGUUACCAAUAGUGUAGCUAUGUUACCGAAGGAUAUUUCGCCAUGAAAAAUCCAUAAGAAGAUAUGCA